UUUUUUUUCUUUUUUUUUUGCAAGAAGCGAUGAACUCCCCAACUCGCCGCUGAGCGCUUGGCCAAUGCCUCUCCUUUUCCAAUCGAUGCCGAGAAGAUGGGGAAACUUCAUUCAAAACAUGCCGCUGUUUGCAAACUGAGAGAAAGUCCCGAAGGUGAUAGUUUUGCAGUGAAUGCCUCCCUGGCUCGGAAAGGUCUCGAGGACUGGAUGGUGAAGCAGAAAUAUCUGGGAAGCGGGAACGGAGGUUUGGGACUCCAAGCUGGGUGUCAACACCGGGCGGUCUGCCGGCUCUCUGGCUCCAGGGAUCCGGCAGGCGAAGGCUUCAGGGAGGCAAUAGAAAAUGAACACUUCCACCUGGAAGUGGCUUUGCCUCCAGAGAAGAUGGAUGGAGCUUGCAGCGGCGAUGAAAAGAAAAUGGAAAAGGAAACCGAUGCACGUGCAAGUGCCAAAAAGCAACUAAAAUUUGAGGAACUGCAGUGUGAUGUGUCCGUUGAAGAAGACAACAGGCAAGAAUGGACUUUCACGCUGUAUGACUUUGACAACAACGGCCGAGUCACACGGGAGGACAUCACCAGCUUGCUUCAUACUAUCUAUGAGGUAGUCGAUGCUUCCGUAAACCACUCCCCUAGCUCCAGUAAAACCUUACGUGUGAAACUUACCGUAGCGCCGGACGGGAGUCAGAAGAAAAAAGGCAUUCUGCUGAACCACACUGAUCUUCAAAGUUCAAGGCACAGAACGGAGAGCAAAGCCAAUGAGGAUCUGAGGAGUUGCGAGAAGAAGCAACGAGGGUCUCUCAGAUACCACCACGCCGAUAUCAAGUCUGAACAGAACGGAUGCUAUCGUCAUUGCGUCGAUGAAAAUAUCGAGAGGAGAAACCACUAUUUGGAUCUUGCAGGAAUAGAAAACUAUACUUCAAAAUUUGGACCAGGAUCUCCACCUGCUGCUCAGAAACAUGACCCGCCCGUCCGAGUGGCAAAUCAAACUAGAUCCCGUUCUCACGAACCAGAAAUCUUCCAUGCUCACCAGCGGAAGUCAACAGCAGCAGACCCUGGCCACGUCAGUUUAAUGGAAGCGUCCUAUGCCAAGCUGGCGGAAAUCCAACAUAGGCUGCGGAGUCAGGAUGCAAACAGGCACUUUGUGAAAUCACCCAAGUCCCAGAGCAAAAAUGCAGCUUCCAUUCAUGUGGGAAGGGCCGUAAGGAGUAAACCGGUUCCCGGAACGUCUAUCCCGAUAACUUCCCCUACGGCACGGGUCGGCCAAAACCUUCCUUAUCUCCCCAUGCAGUCUCAGCAGACUUACAAGAAACACAAGCAGAGGGCCAAGGAGGCUCACCAAAUGUGCAAAACCUUCCAGGCCCCGGGGACAGUGGUGGAGAAAGAGCACGUCAGAGACCUUCCCGCCGUCAUCUUGUACGAAGGCCAAGUCGGACAGAUGAUCCAGCGGCACGAACACCACCAUCACCACGAGCACCAUCAUCACUACCAUCACUUCUACCAGACAUGAGCCCAGACCCCCCCCUCCCUCGUCCAAUUGGGAUCAUCCCGUAUGAAGGAAGCCCUGUGAAGCAGUUCUCCCACAAGAAGGCGUCGUUCUUAAUUGACGUUGUUGCCACACCGUUAAUAUUUCACUAGUACCUAUGUUAGGACUUAAAAACACUAAUAAUAAUAAUAAUAAUAAUCUAACACUAUUUAUAUUACGUGGACCUGUAUCUCUUACUUUAAUAACUUGUGGGUUUUUAUUUUCGAGUUGGCUUGUAUAAAAAGAAAGAAACACACCGUGCGCAACCACAAACAGCCAAUUGUUAUUCUAAGGAGCUGGGUCUGAAUACAGGCCAUUCAUGCACUUCGGGGAAUGAUCCCUUCCUCUGUGGUACCGGAAAAGAUGCUACCGGCGAUGUGGUUCGGCAUCUGGCCCAGCCACGUGUCGGCUCAGUGCAGGGAGCCUGUCGUCAGGGGAACAACAUUCCAAGGUUCUGGACUCCGGGAAUACAAAACAGCUGCUACCUCUAGUCUAAUGCAGAACUUCCAAUUGAUUGUACUGUGCUACAAGGAGGGUGUGGGUUUUUGUUUUUUUUUAAACUCCAAUGCAUUCACGUAACCUGUUUAUGUUGUGCUCCUCACCUCUUUACAAGCUAUAUCUUAAUAUUCACAAUACUAUUAACUUUGUCAACAC